AUGUAUCAUCCAACUAGAGGCGGCGUCCGUGGCGGCCGAGAUCAGUUUACUUGGGAUGAUGUAAAAGCUGAUAAACACAGGGAGAACUAUCUAGGUCAUAGUGUCAAGGCCCCUGUUGGUAGAUGGCAGAAAGGGAAAGACCUUUUCUGGUAUACCAGGGAUAAAAAGUCCCAGAGUGCAGAAAUGGAGGCUGCAAAAGAAGAGAUUAAAAGAAUUAAGGAAGAGGAGGAGCAGUCAAUGAGGGAAGCUCUUGGUUUAGCUCCUAAGCGUGCUAAUCGUCCUCAAGGUAACCGUCUUGAUAAGCAUGAAUUUUCAGAACUAGUAAAAAGAGGGUCUACAGCAGAAGACUUAGGUGAAGGUCAUGCUGAAGCAGCAAGAGUUCAAGGUGUUGGUUUUGCAAGAGAACCCCACCCCUGGGAAGAACCCGGUUCCUCAAAGGUCUCGCAUACAUCAAUUGAGGGAGAAAAUGUAUCCAUGCCUAAUCAACCACCCAAAAAAACUGAAGAUGAAUCUGAGGAUGAAAGUAGGCGAAAGAGAAGACGGGAAGAGAGGAAGGAAGAGAAGCGUGAAAAGCGUGAGAAGAAACACUCCCAUGAGGAAAGAAAGCAAGAGAAGCGUGAGAAGCGACAUUCUCGUGAUUCAGAUGACAAGAAGAGACACAAGAAAGACAAAGAGAGGAGGAGACAUGAUUCAGAUUGA